CCGGUUUAAGGAGGGAAGACAAGACUGAAACAUUGCUUUUACGCGCACGGAUUUCUCUCGGGAGCGCUACUUGAGGUAAGUUUCCACCUCUUAAAAACUCUUGCUUUACACCUUGAAUAGAUUAAAUCCCUUUUCGCUUUCAUCCUCCUCGUUCCCAAGUUCUUCACAUCUCACCUCUUGUUAUUCCGCCAACCUGUUAAUCCGCUACACACUGUUGUCUACUGUAUUCAAAUCCACCUUUAUUCCGCUGCUUUUUAAAAACCUGAUUUAUUGCCAUUGCUCUAUAAACCUCCGGCCGCCCGGGGGAGGCUAAGCCCCUCAACUGUACCUAUAAAGGCGCAUAACCUAAUAGACAAGCCGGCGCAUGUAAACCUGUAAAACUAUUUGGAAUAGUUGACAGCUACUCCUCAUUUUGGAGGAGCAGCGGAAUGAAGGGGAGUUUCCUCACCUGAGAGAAGCACGUUUCUUUUUGCCGCAGUCAGAAAAUGAGUGUGUGUCUGCGCAUCCAUCCGGUCCAAGGACCUUUGCGUUAUCUUUGAUAGUCUGUUAUCUUCUUUACGUGUGCCUUUACAAACUCUUUAAUUUAUCGGAUAUCAUUAGGGAUAGUGUGUCGAUUUCUUUGUUUCUUAACAAAAUUACAGAUAUUUCUUACUCAGCCAUGGCCAUAAACCUGUAGGCAUGAGGUGUAUUUUAUAUAUAUACAAAAUAUUGCUUCAUGUAUGAAACAAUAUCUCACACCUUUGUCCCUGUUAAAACAAUACAAGUGAAUAAAUAAAUCACUGGCAUGGAUUUAAAGAAAAGAUAUAAUUCAGUAUACAAAUAUUCCAGAAAUGCACCAUCACUGCAUAUUUCUGAAUGAAUCAGGACUGUGAGGUCCAGUCAGCAUGAUUACUGUUAUUAUUGUCUAACCAGCUGUAAUAACAGCUCAUAACGGCUCACAGCCAUUGGCUGCCUCCAGAGAUGAGUUCAGAAAGAGUUUAGAUUCAGCCUGUCUCUCUUCCUCUGCUUUCUGUGGGACUUCAAGGAACCCUCAAAUGUUGACCUAAGACGUGUUUUUGACAGAGUUUGCCGGAGAGAAGAAGACAAAGACAAAGAGGGACACCCUAUACGGAGCAGGUUAACGCAGCAUUCCCAAACAGAGUUUGGAAAGGGGCAGAGGCGCUUUUACGCACAGACACAGGUGGAUGCUGGGAAGCGGACCAGCUCAGAGGAGAUGUUCCACUUGGCCCAGUUUGGGGUGCUGUCGGCCUUGGCCGCCGCACUCACCUCGGUCCUUUCCGCGCUCUUCCUGCUGGCGCUAACCCGUCAGCUGUGGAGUCUCCGCUGGAGCCUGACCCGGGACAAAGAGAGCAGCCUGCCGCUGCCGAAGGGCUCCAUGGGCUGGCCGCUGGUCGGGGAGACUUUUCACUGGCUUUUUCAGGUGAGAGGGGGAUGUUUGGCACGUCUGGGCUGCUGUAGUUUUCAUUUUUUACAAGCGUUCCAAAAUAUAGGUUAUCAGCCUCCUGCGCGUCUGCACGUGCCCUUUUGUAUUUAUGCUCAAAACUUCUUUCUAGCGCUCUGUAACUUUAACAAAUUCAAUAAGGUCGUCAUUAAAGUGCUGCUGAGCCUCUCAACCAUCAAGUUAUUGAUAAAGUAUCUGGAGACGGCGCGGGAGAAAAUAAAGGCAGAUUCUUGCGCAUGCUGAGUUGUGUUGUUAAUGCGACAUGUGCGGGCUUGAUGCUCGCAGCGUAAUUCCUUCUUGUGAAGCAAAAACAGACGUUUUCUGUUCAAUUCUUCUACCUCUCCCAUUCCCUCCCUCUCUGUCUGACUGUCUCUUCAACAGUAAGGAAUGCGCUCUCUCAUCGCCUCAUCUCUCCUUUACUUCAGCCGUCUAUCCGCUCCUAAAUAAGCGUCAGUCACAGCGCUAAGGUGCGGCACACGUGAUCUGUGUUUUGGUGGUUUUGCGCGUUUUCCUUCCACCUCCUGAUCUUCGAUUUCGUACCUCCCUCUUAUUUAUAGCCCAUACAUAUUUGGAAAGACUAAUGUCAUCCCGUGUUUACAUACCCAUGGAGAAAGUUAUCAAUAGACUGAACGUGAGUGACAUCCAGUUCUUGAGACUUCUUGCAAACAAUCCAAAAGAUAACGAUGAGAGAUAGACCUUUGGAAAAUAAAAAUAAACAGACCUUGACAUUGUGUGAUUGAAAUAAAAUGAAUAUAAUUUCAGUCCUGAAAUGCAACACACCUUCUUAAUUUUCUUGAUCUCGUGCUGCAGGGUUCCAACUUCCACAUCUCGCGCAGAGAACGUCAUGGCAACGUGUUCAAGACCCACCUCCUCGGAAAGCCUGUCAUCCGCGUGACGGGAGCUGAAAACAUCCGCAAAAUCCUGCUUGGUGAGCACAGCCUGGUGUGCACCCAGUGGCCCCAGAGCACCCGCAUCAUCCUGGGACCCAACACCCUGGUCAACUCCAUCGGAGACCUGCACAAGAAGAAGAGAAAAGUAAGGAAACAUCAGAGGAGUUUAGACUGAGAAUCAUGAUUUUGGUGGUAAAGUGUUUAUAUAUUUUAGUUAUGAUACAUCCUACAUUGAUUUUACUUGUAGUGUAGAGUCAUAAUUGGAACACUUGAGGACCUCAAAAGACACAAGACUCAAAAAAGCUCAACCCAGAUGUAUGACUACUUUUAUGAGAAAAGUCGAUCAGUGUUGAGGAACAAACAGGACACAAGUCAACUGCAAGUCCCAAGAUGCUUUGCCCAUUUGAUUACAGUAUUCUGUCAUGCAUGCACAGUGUUCUGAUCUAGCCCUGCGAUUUCUUUUUGGAGUUUUGGUCUAAACAAUGAAUUCGGUUUUGGUCUUUUGAUCACCAGAGCAGUGACAUUUGGGCCUCUAGCUUUUCACUGCAGCAGUUCAGGAUGAUUGCUUUCAUCAAAACAAAUCUGGACCGCAUUUGUUAGAGGAAAAAUAGAAAACAUUUGAGAGUCAGAUUAUCAUUCAACAAGCUGUCAUCAUUAAAACCCUAAGUUUUGAAUCUCCAGUGCAUGUCCAAACCUAUCCAGUGCUUACAUUAUGUCCCACUCCAAUCUCCGAUCACACCCACUUACCUAAUCUCCUGUAUCUUCUUCAUCUUUCCUGUGCCUCCAUCCAGAGCUAGCCUACCCCACCCUGUCCUCCCCUUUAGUGAGUAUUUACUCAAAGGUGUUGACUGUCGUGUACAAGGUUAUAACUUUUUAUGACUCCCCUGUCAUUGUUUCCUCAACCCUUUCAAGAUCCUGGCUAAAGUGUUUAGCCGGGGGGCCCUGGAGUCCUACCUUCCUCGGCUGCAGGACGUCGUCAAGUCUGAGAUAGCCAAGUGGUGCUCAGAGCCGGGCGCCAUCGAUGUUUACAGCGCUGCCAGAUCCCUGACGUUCCGUAUUGCUGUGAGGGUCCUGUUGGGUCUGCAGCUGGAGGAGGAGCGAAUAGUUUACCUGGCCCAGAUCUUUGAGCAGCUGAUGAACAACCUUUUUUCGCUGCCUAUAGAUGCUCCGCUCAGUGGGCUACGUAAGGUAAGAGAGCACAAAAAUCCCACUGUAGACAUGUUGAAAAAUCAGCUUUUUUUUUCUUCUCCACACACUCUGUAAUCAGUUUGAAAUUGUUCAAAUUUAUCCAUAGCCUGGAGCUGUCAGAUCUACCCAACUAACAGGUUCAGUUUCCUCUUUCAGAAACCAGUUUAUCGUCUAGAUUGAUCCUUAAUCCCCACUGAACAAAAUUAAUAGAGUUGCCUCUCUAUGACCCACAAAAGCAAACAAGAACAUCAACAAUGAGACUGACAAGACUGAGACUUUUUCUCAGAACACACUACCUUUACAUGUUCAGGACAAGGUCAGCAAAGAUGUAAGAGGUACCACUUUGUCCACAGGGGGUGCUAAACCCAACAGAGGAAAGAUUUUCUCUGGAGCUUUGAGGAGCUGAAAGAUUAUUUUGAGUUUUAAGAAUCUUGAGAUGAACAUCGGUGUUCAGAAUUUUGGAAAAAAGUCUCUUGAAUUUAUGAAAAGAUACAUGAAUGAGAAGAAAAACAAGUGAAAUGACCAGUAUAUCUGACAUUUUUGUCUCUCUAGGCUAAGAAAACGUGACCACUAUUAAACAUCUCUUUAUGAUGGAUUAAAAAUACCUUGAAUUUUGACUUUCAAGAAAUAUAAUCUUUUUGAGUCCUCAAAGAGUAAGGCACAGAGGAGUUUUAUUUUGGGAGUCCAGAAAUAAAAUGAGGAAUAUAUCAUCAAUAUGAUACUGAAACAGUCGAGUUGACACAGAUACAUGUUGUGGAAACAGAAAGUAUUAUAAAUAACAAUUUAUCAUAUUGUUAUCAUUUAGAAGUGUGCACACAUAUUUAAUGCCACUCUUGGAUUAACAGUACCCUAGCUGGGCCAUCCCAUUCAGAAAGUCUGGACACGCCCCUGAUCAUAAGCCAUCUUUAAACAGAGGAUUAAGAGUGGAAUCUUAUUAAUAAUAGAGAUAUAUUUAUAUACUGGCUUGAAAUAUUAAAUAAAAUCCAGUCAGAAACGUUACAUAUCUACUUCACUUUUUACUGUAAACAAUAGUGGAUUAAUCUGAUUUUUGGGGGAAUCUUUUUGAUGUGCAGGGAAUCAAAGCCAGAGAGAUCUUGCACGCCAACAUGGAGAAAAUCAUUGAGGAGAAGAUGGAGCGGCCGCAGGCAGAGGAGGAAUAUUAUGAUGCCUUCGACUACAUGCUGUCGAGUGCAAAGGAGCACGGGCAUGAGCUCACCAUCCAGGAGCUCAAGGUACGAGAGUGAAAGUCUCUAUGAUGACUGCAGACUGCAGAACAUUCAGACACAGAAAUAAAAGACAUAUAGGAGAAGUGUGACAUUGAUGUAGUCCCUUUUUAAGAGAUUUGGUCUUCACUAGAUCAGACAGCUGAAAAGAGACAGGAAACAUUGUGCUUCACUUUUCGUACUCUGUUCAAAAACCACUUUGUAAGACAAGCUAAUCAUGAAAAACAAUGACUUAAAAAAGAAAUUUUACAUCACCCCAAUUACCUCUCCUUUCUCGUAGGAAACAGCAGUAGAGCUGAUCUUUGCUGCUCACUCCACCACAGCCAGCGCCUCCACAUCUCUGGUUCUGCAGCUACUUCGCCAUCCAGCGGUAGUGGAGAAGGCCCGAGUCGAGCUGGAGGCAGAGGGCCUUGGCUAUGACUCCCACAGCAAUCACAGUCCAACAGGUGUCACCACAGGGAGGGAGGAGGACGCUGCUGACACAGAGAUAACCUGCCUGCUGAAUGGAGGCUGUCACAACCACCAGAAUCACAGUGAUGGUUUCCCACAGCCCCAGUCCCACAUGCCCCCUUUGACCCUGGACAAACUGAGCCAGCUCCGCUACGUUGACUGCGUGGUGAAGGAGGUGCUCCGCUUCCUGCCGCCAGUCUCCGGUGGUUACAGAACAGCUCUGCAGACAUUUGAAUUAGACGUAAGUCCGAGUCCCUGAAGGGGAAUAUAUCUGCCCUGUUCAGACUUUUAGUUUGGGAGGAAUAUUUCCUUUUUCCAGCAGAGGAGAUAUUUCAUACUGUUUUUUUUUUUUCAAAUAGCUGACAGACCCAAAGCCAAAUCAUAUAAAAUCAAAUAGUACAAGUGAACUAAGGAAGUGAACCUUAUUCAUGCUAAAACACACUUUGUGUCUCUAGUUGGAGCACAGUGGACACUUCUUCAGGGUCUUUGAAGGUACAGUGUGUACCUUACUGUAAACUUUAUAAUAACUGAAUGUAGUAUCAAGAGCAAUUUGUUUCUAAAACCGAGUUUUGAACCCUAUUGGCGGUGGUUGCCAUGUUGGAAAUGCUGACUCAACCUUACUUUCAGUCAACCUACUAGAUUUAGUCCUUUCGCCUCCUUUGCAAAUAGCUACAGCGUGCCAGCCUAUGAGUCAAGUCUGCUGUCACUGUGAUUUGCUGUUCUUGAAGGUGUAAUAACGUCAAAACAAAUGUGUCACGGAAAAUUUUGCUCCCUGUACAACAGGAGUCCUGAGGUAUUCAGCCUGACAUGGUUCUUGAAUCAGGCUGUAAAAAGUUGAUUUUUGCUCCAAAAACUGGCUUAUUUUUGGAUUAGUGUGUGCGUAGUUCUGUAGGUGCUUCUGCGGACACCCUCCAGCAGGCACAUAAAGUACUGCAGUUUUUGGCACUACAGCAUGGGCUUCAUUUCUCAACACUGAGGUUGCUACUUGGUAAUGUGUGAUCCUGUCUUUGCCAAGUUUUUACCAUCAAAAAUAUCUAUUAUUGCAAACUCUUUGGUGCUUUACAACCACCACUCUCUUUGUCUUUGUCUCCCAACCGGUUCAUUCUAGAUAAAAAAAGGAUCGCUGUAAGUCAACAACAUCAAAAUGAUCGCUAUAUUUAGGGAAAACUAAUUCAAACAUACUUAUGAACAUCAUUCUUCACACUGUACCUUCAUAGUUAAGUUUAACAUCUAAACCUUAAGCAUAGUCAACUAAUGCACAUUGAUCUGUUUAGUCAAGCUAGAUACCAGUUUUGAAUAUUGUGCCAAAGUCAGGGAAACUUUCACUCGGCAUAUACAUCAUAAAAGCAACCACAAAUGUCCCUUAACUUUUGGGUUUUCCCAUUCUUUGUUUUCAGCAGAGAAGGGGAAAGCCUGAGUGUACAAAGCUUCUGCUAGCCAUGCCAGCUAAAUUCCUGUUCGACCAAAUAAUUCAGAUGAAUCUAUCAGAUACAACUGCACAAGAAUUUUCAGUGUUAUUGACAAAAAAGGGGGGUUUCAGUCUUACACAGAUGCCUUUUCUCGUAUUCUCUGUACGAAGAAAACUCUUUUUGGACCUGAAUGUAUCACAAAAGUUGUCGUAUCCAAUUCGUCCAUCAAGCAAAAAUAACAUGAAUCACAGACACAUUUUCCAGGGCUUUUGUUACUACCCCUCUGUGGUUUGGCAUGUACAGCUAGUCUGACAUAAUCAACAGGUUUUUGAUCAGAGCCUUAAAACGUCUUCAAGAAAGAGUGACCAUAAAUAAGUCAGAAAUUACUUGGCUUAACAGACUGAGAGAAUAUUACUAGGCUAAGGAAAAAGUGUUCUUGUCUAAAUCUAUCUUUAGAGGCAGCUUGUAUAGCAGCACUUAAAAGGAAGGAUACUUUCACACACUGAGUUGCAUGGCCGUUUCUGAGCCACUGCCUACCAUGGUCUUCUCCGUAGUCCUUGAAUGCCCCUUCCCUGCCCUCAGCAUGCCCCCAAUUUGCUGUGUUUGUUGUGAGGAGACAAUCGACACUUAGAGCGAUUAUAGGGGAUUCCCAGAUCACUAUUGUAGAGCACAUGCCACUAUUUAUUCAACCCUUUAUCAGGGCAUGAACGCCUUUGGUUGAGAAGUAAUUGCAGUUUUGAAAACAUUAUUAUGCUUGUUCAUGCAAGUGAGACUAAAACGUAAACAAGGACAUCCUUACUCCGCAGAAUUGAUUGGAAUUAGGUUAUACUGACGCCUGGAUUAAAAGGAUGAAUGAUUGAAUAAAUGAAUGAAGAUGACAAAGCAGGCAGUGAUAGUUUUGUGAAUACUAAAAACUUUUCCCGGCUGCUUCAUUCUAAACUAAAUCUAAAUAUCAUAAACUUAAAAUAUUUAUUUGAUUUCAUUUGUGAUUUUUCUGGAAAAGUCCUGUCAAAUUGUAGUUGUUUGUUUUCUAGAAGAAGUUGUUUAUUACAGAAAAAUAUGCCAAAGUAGGGCUGGGCGAUAUCGCCUCAAAUCAAUAUCACGAUAUAUUGAGCAGUUCACCUCAACAACGAUAAAUGGAUGAUAACUACACCAGAAGCUGCUCACCCCCUCCCACAUUAACUUCGUCUACUUCAGCCACUGCUCCAGCAGCUAAACCUUUUGAACCGUCCUCUAUCUCCUCAUCUGUCUUUCCCUCUUUGUUAUGGACUGGAUGGGGUGGAGUCACGUCUCUGUCGUGAGGCCAGCGUCUUACAGGGACAUGAGACCAUAGCCUACCUACACACAUCCAAAACCAACUUUUAUUUAUUUAUUUUUUGUCACUAAAUAUACUGAAAUAGGCAAAAUGAUGUCGGUUAUUGUUGUAAGUAUCGGUAAAUUUUUGGUUUAACGCCCAGCCCUAUGCCAAAGCAUACCAUGCCGGUACACCACAGUCUUUCUUAUCUUUAUGUAUAUUCAUUGACCUCUUCUUCAUUCUGCAGGGCUACCAGAUACCCAAAGGCUGGAGUGUAAUGUACAGCAUCAGGGACACCCAUGAGACAGCAGCAGUUUUCCAGAGCCCGGAGCUGUUUGACCCAGACCGCUUUGGCUCAGAGCGGGAGGAAGGUCGGUCGGCUCGGUUCAGCUAUGUGCCAUUUGGUGGCGGUGUGCGGAGCUGUGUGGGGAAAGAACUGGCACAGAUCAUCCUAAAGACUCUAGCUGUGGAGCUGAUCGGGACUUGCAAAUGGACUCUGGCCACUGAGAACUUUCCCAAGAUGCAGACAGUGCCAAUAGUGCACCCUGUUAACGGGCUGCAUGUGCAUUUCAAGUACAACUACUCCCUUUAGAUUCCAACACAGACUCACAGACUUCCAAAAAAACUCACUCCAGAAACAAAUUAAUCUUCCUAUCAGACUGAGCCCAAGAACGGAGACACAUUCACCUCUCUUCAUGGCCUGAUGGUGCAGCACAGGACCCCUUACAGCUCCAUGAACAUGAAGAAUGAGUUAACACUGCUGGUUUGGAGCACUAUCACCAGCUUUACAAUGAUCUGAUCUCAACUUUGUGUUUCUACUCAAGCAUAUUUCAACCACCUGAUAUGUGGAAAUGCUGCAUUGGAGUCCAAGCUUUUAAUGUCUUUCACGUCUAUUUUUAAGUUAUUGUUGUACAUGUUGCAUAACAAUUUGAAAAUCUGGUUUUAUUAAGCAUUUACCCUGCUCAUUUUAAACAAAUAACAAAAAAUCUAGGUUAGCCCAAAUAACUACUUAUAUACACAAUUUCACUGACAGCGUAAUUCUGUGCAUUUUAAUCAUGAAACAGUCCGAGACAGACUGUGUGGUUGUCCCUUCACCAACUAAGAGAUAUGAACAUUCACAAAGCUCUGGUCCUAACUUCUAUUCUUCUUCUGCAGCUUAUAGAUCAGUUUUUAUCAGUUAGCAUAUUUUCUGAAUGGAUUUUUCUCACUGUUAUUAUGAUAACCUGAUCCCCUUUUCUGCAGACAGGGCUGUUUUGGCUCACCACUAGACCUCGAAGUAUGGUAUCCCAGGUAUAUCCCAAGUAUGGUGUCCCAGAGGUAGUGAGGUGGGGCCUUCAUGGACUGGACUUCAUCUAGUCUAGCUCUCUAGCCCGCUGGGGUUUGGAAGCCAAGACAAAAUCUUUAAAUAUUUUCAUGUUCCUCCAGGCCACCCUCUUUCAUUGCAUAGUGAUGCAGUCCUGAUGUUCACUGUAGGUGCGUUUGGCAGUGGACAGGGGUCAGCAUGGACACGCCGACCACUCUACAACUAGGAUGCCCUAUAUGUAACAACCUGUGGCACUUAAUCUAUUUUAAAACCUGAACAGAGAGCUGCAGCUUGGAGACACUCUGAUCGAGAAGUCCAACCCUCACAAUCUGGCCCUUGUCUCAUUCUUAUGCUCGCCCAUCACUCUUGCUUUCAAUAGACAAAAUGUUCACCUGCUGCUUAACACCCAGGCACCAUCAUAACAUAAUAAUAAUUGUUGUGCACUCCAUCCCUCAGAGGUCUGUAGUUGCAUCUUUUGCCAACAACUGCCUUUUAUAGUUGCAUGUGAGCUCUGAUUAAAUAGAAGAUGCUGGUGGAGUGAAAAAAAGAUGACAAAAAAUAUUUAUUCUAUUCAAAAUGUGACAGUGUUAGUAUCUGAUUUCAAUCAGAAAUGCAAGGAAAAGUUGCACAGUCGAAAAACAAUGUCUGGAAAAAUGUCAAGACCCAAGUGUGACACAGCAGAGACUGAAAUCGAGUUAUCUGAAUGUGCUGUGUUGCAAAAACAAAUUUCACAAAUGGAGCUAAAACUAGAUAAAUAACCCAAUUAAGACCACAAACAUUCAAACAGUUUCUAAAAAUAUGAAUGUAAUGCAAAGCAGUGCUAUUAUGUGUGUAUAAAAUGAAGUAGCAUUUUGAAUAAGCUGUAUUUAAAAUGCAUUUUAUCAUUUCCAUUGAACUUUGACUCUAUCUUAAACACUAUUGGUAGAUAGAGACACUAACAUGUAAUGUAAAGGACUAUCCAUUAAGCUUUUUUUUACUGAUAGAACAUAGAAACAAUUCAUUAUUUAGAGCUAUGUAUAUUAAAAAUAACACUAUUAUUAUUUUAAAGGUCUCAUUUAAGGACUGUUUCUGUGUUAGUCUUGAAGCCUAACAGAUAUGCGCUGUGAAAUCUUGUGUAUGUAUGGAUAUGUGGAAGGAGAUAGCACUUUCUCUAUAUUAAGGAGUCUGUAUAUAUUUGUCCUGAUCAUGCAUUGUGUAUGUGUGUAUGUAUGUGGUGUGUCAGAUGUAGCUGCUGUACAGUUGAUGUAAAGAGUAAACUAGAG